AUGGCUCCGAUGUAUGUACUAGUUGAAGAGUUGGAUAAGGACCAUACUUCAGUUGCAAUCAGAUUGAGGGCCGUGCGCACCUACAAUGUUUGGCAUAGUAGAGGAAGAGAUCAAAUCAAGAGCAGAGAGUGUGUCUUCCAUGAUGAAGCGGGUUCCUACAUUCACCUGCAUAUUCCAGGAAAGAGUGUUUCUCCGAAGAAUGAUUUUGUAGAGGGAAAUGUGUACUGCAUAAAAAAAUUUUUGGUAGUUGCUCAUUGGUAUUGCUAUAAGACAUGUGAAGGAGAGUACAUGAUGAAAGUUUUUUCUGAAACAUUGGUCAAACCUUAUAAAGGGUGUGAUUUUCCAAGGUAUAUGUAUAGACUAAAGCCAUUUGAAGUUCUGAACACACUGGAUGCAAAUAUUUUGGUUGAUGGCAUUGGUCGUGUAGUUGAAAUAUACUCUCCAUUGGAGAAGAUGAUUAAUGGGAGACCCCCUCGGUUGAUAGAUUUUGUGAUUGAAGAUUUGAAGGGUAAUCAAGUGAAAUGCACUGUCUGGGAUGACCAUGUAGAGAAAGUGAAGCCUUUUUUUAAAAGUGAUCUUUUGGAUCCAGUGGUUGUUCUAAUUCAGAUGGGUCAGAUUAAGCUGGUCGAAAAAUCUGGAGAAGUAAAAAUUUGCAGUUCUUAUGAUGCUAUAAAUUUGCUAUUCAACCAAAACACUUUGGAGUUUGUUGAAUUCAGAAAUAGUUAUGGUACUACAAGUGGAGUGGAAAGCAGUACAAAAAUGCAGAUCACAACAUUAUCUGAGAUCUUUUCUAAAAGAGAGAUUGGUGAUUUUUGGGUACCAUGCAAGAUUAUAGGUAUUGAGUCUGAUCCCAAUGAUUGGUAUUACGACUCUUGCCCUAAACCAAACUGUAAUAAGAAGUUGGAACUCAACUCUGGAAUGUAUGAUUGUGGCAAAUGUGGUGGUCGGUUUGUUAAAGGUACCCUAAGAUAUAAGCUUAAAAUUCGUGUGGUUGAUGUUAAUGGGACAGCUCCACUCCUUUUAUGGGAUCGUGAAGUUCUUGAGUUGUUUUGUUUAAAGGUAGAUGAAUUGAAGGCUAUGCAGCCAUCUGUAAUGACAAAGGUUCCUAAAGACAUCAGGAAUUUAAAAGGGAGAGGUCUGUUUUUUAUGAUUUCUGUGAAAAGUGAAACAUUUGAUAACCUCGAUAAUGCAGUUCUAGUACUGCAAGUCAAACACUUUCCUGAAAUGUUUGAAACCUACUGUCUUGGGCUAAUCCAGCAUAACGAUGAUGAAUUUUCUUCCAAGCUACAACUAACGCAGGAUGAUUCUGACUCAGAUGAGUAUAUGCUUAUUUGUUAUCUGUUCAGGGUUUUUUUUUCAGAUGAUCCUACAGAAAGUCCUAUUGCUGCUACUACUGGAAAGCAGGAUGAAGCUGAGAAUGAAACCGAAGCAGUGAAGCGAAGUCUGCUGGAUGAAUUCUCAAGUACACAACCAUCAAAGAAAAAGAAAGAGGUUGUAGUGAAAAUGGAGAAUGAGAAAGAAUAG